GAUGAAUUGGUUUGAAAUCAACUUUUAUUGGUUUCUCUGGACAUCAAGUCUUGGAUACGCUUUCUAUUCAUUCAUCUCUGACUCCAAAUAUUUGAUUGAAUUGAUUGACGCCAAAGACGUGGCCAAAGGGUGGCUCACGAGUGGACAGCGAGACGUGUCUGACUAUGAAUGGGAUGCCAUCAGACAUACGUUCACACAAAACCUCUUAUAUGUCUUCAUUUAUUUGGUCUCAACUCAACUCAUCAUUAAAUACAACGUUAAAUCUUCAUUAGAACUGAACGAAAGGCAAUCGUUUUUGUUUGAAGUGUGUAUGGCUUGGCUUAACGCCAAGUGUCUAAGCCUUUCCAUCGACCGGAUCCGUAGUCAACGACACAAAACAUUUCAAACCAAUCAACUCAUCCAAUGUGUCGCCUAUUGUCUAUAUCUGCCGGCAUUCUUCACGGGACCUAUUCAUCAAUACAACACAUUCAUCAAUGAUUUGAAUCAAAUCAAGUGGUAUUGGAAGAGCGAUCGUGUGGUGAAUGUCAUCAAACAAGUACUUCGGUUCACGUUUUGGUCGUUUGUCUUUGAAUUGAUGUUACAUUUGGUGUUUUCGACUUCCAUUCAAUUCUAUCCCGAAUUGACACAAAUGUUUUUAUACCUCCGUUGCGGUGAUAGUUGUCCUAAACGUCAAGACUUUACUAAUUUUCACAAUCCAUUGGUUCCCAUAAAGUCUUCAUUAGAACUGAACGAAAGGCAAUCGUUUUUGUUUGAAGUGUGUAUGGCGUGGCUUAACGCCAAGUGUCUAAGCCUUUCCAUCGACCGGAUCCGUAGUCAACGACAUAAAACAUUUCAAACCAAUCAACUCAUCCAAUGCGUCGCCUAUUGUCUAUAUCUGCCGGCAUUCUUCACGGGACCUAUUCAUCAAUACAACACAUUCAUCAAUGAU